CCCAAGCAGCAGCAGCAGGAGCCUAGUUUCGAAGCUCCUGCUGGUUCAGGUGGACUCGCCUUCCCGUUGCCAGACGCUGGCUGUUGAAGCCUCCUAGCGUCUUAGCGCGCGCACUUCAUAAACUCGGCGGACGCUGGUCUAUCCAGUGCGCACUGUGUACGGUAGCAAUGCGGUCUAGGAUGACACGGAGCUUUCGCUCGUGCUCGAGCUUUCGCGGGCCUUUUGCUAACGUGCUUCCGCUCGUCACGCUCUUGGUGGCGGCGCUGCUGAGCCACUUCGGAGGAUUGGUUCCAGUCGCGAAAGGCCAAACCAUCGCCCAAUCUCAAGUGCCCGGAUUACUGGACUGUCAGGCGACAUGGGGAGUGACAUUUAACCAGUGGAAGGAGGGGGGUGACUGUAGCCAGGCAGAUGGCAUCACAUGUGACAACAACGGAAUGGUUACCAGCAUGGUUCUUGACAACACGGGUCUGUCCGGCUUGUUACCAGCAUCUAUGGGGUCAUUCAUCAACCUCUCCUACCU